GGUCAACCAAAAUCUCGGGGCAGAGGCAACGGGUUUCGCGGGCGGCGCAGACGGCAGCGCUAGGAGGCGGGAUGCCGCAUCGCCAAGUCUCUCCGAAGGGUACCAUGCCAUGCCAUGCCAUGUCACUCACCCUCGCCUCCCCUUGCGAGGCGGCUCCUCUCGUAUUUGUCCGCGACUCCACUGCAAACCACAGGAGGCAGGGCUCAUGAUGUCAAUCGGGCUCCGCAGGUAUCCCUGGCCGGCAUUACGAGAAGAUCUUCGCCCCGGCAGUGCACACACUCAACUUUGGGCACUGGUUGGAUUGGCGCAACCAACGCGACCUCGCUUUCUGCACCCCGUGAUUACGAGAUGAUCAUCGAAAGGUCCCUGGACUCCUAGAGCUUUCUGGUGGCACUGCAGCAACCAGCAUUUUGUGAUGGUCAACCCGAGAUAUAAGACGACCGACAGAUCCCCCUCUCUAAUACCUUUCAGAACAUUCAUCUCAUCACACUCAACAACCAACAAUCUUAAUCUCAAAGUAAUCAUCCGACCACAUCAGUCUUUACACCCACAGUCACUUCAAACACAACAACCAUCAAAAUGCAGUUCACCAACACCCUCGCCGUUGCGACCUCCCUCAUCGCCGCCGUCUCCGGCGCCGCGGUCCCCCAGCUCAUCACCCGCCAGAACAACGGCACCACAAACGGCACCGCCCCCGGCCUGCCCGCCGACGCAAAGUUCCAGCUCAUGGCCCUCCGCUCCGCCAGCGAGGUUCACUUCUCGACCUUCCAGGCCGCCAAGAGCUCCAUCUUCCUCCAGCUGCCCAACCAGAACGCCACCUGCGACAGCACUGAGGACGACGACUCAGCGACCUUCUACCUGAACCAGGACGACGGCGGCUCUACCUCUACGCCGCCUCCGCCACCCCUCAGCAGCUCUCGCCGACCGCUCCGGCAUGGGUCAGGGCAACGCACUGGAUGGAAGGUUGACCAGUACGGCGACCUCACCCUCGACGGCGCCAGCUUCCUGGCCUGCCCCAACAGCAUCGAGGACAGCUGGUCCGUCUGGAUCUCUUCCGGUGUCGCCAACCCUGCCGGCAACACCGACUGCCUCGGCAUUGCUGUCCGCGCUGUCCAGAUCACCGACCCCAACAGCUGCAGCUACACUUCCUAA